CACGCGUAAGGUAACAAAUAAAAGAUUUUUAAAAAAUCUGUGAAAAAAAUAAUGGCAAUUUAAAACGAACGUUACGCCUGACCAAUCAGAAGAGAAAAGGGGCUGGACUGCUUCUCAUAAUAAAGGUGUGUGAGGGUCCAGAGACGAGCAGGAUUUAACAUCAGCAUCCCGGAGCAUCAGCAUCUCUCUGACAUCUCACGCUCGUCCCUCGUUUACCAUGUUGCUGCUCGGACUCUUGCCGCUGAUGCUGCUUCGGGGGUGCGGUUGCCAGGCGGCAGACGUUCCCGAGGAUGUGACGGCAGAGUUCUCAGUCAGACUGUACCACCAGCUCCAGAUCACGGAGGGAGAGGAGAACAUCAUCUUCUCACCUCUGAGCGUGGCUCUGGCUCUGGGCAUGGUGGAGCUGGGCGCCCGCGGCUCUUCUUUAGAGGAGAUCAGACAGGCCGUGGGCUACAGUCAUUUCAGAGAAGAUGAGGAGUUCUCUCUGUUGAGCAACCUGACCCAGGCCCUAUCCACAGAUGAAGAGCAGUACGUGGUACGGCUGGCCAACUCCCUCUUUCUGCAGACGGGGGUUCACUUCAACGAGGACUUCCUGCAGCUCAUGAAGAAGUACUUCAAAGCGGAGGUGGAGACGGUGGACUUCAGCCAAUCAGCAGCCGUGGCUGAACGCAUCAACUCUUGGGUCCUGAACCACACGGAGAGCAAAAUCCACAACCUGGUGUCUGCGGACGACUUCAGCAGCUCCACCAUGAUCAUGUUAGUGAAUGCGGUGUACUUCAGGGGCAGCUGGAAGAACCAGUUCAGACCAGAAAACACCAGAACCUUCUCCUUCACCAAAGACGAUGGCAGUGAAGUUCAGACCUUGAUGAUGUACCAGCAGGGAGAUUUCUAUUAUGGAGAGUUCAGCGAUGGCACCACAGAGGCGGGUGGAGUGUACCAGGUGCUGGAGAUGCUCUAUGAAGGUGAAGACAUGAGCAUGAUGAUCGUUCUGCCCCGUCAGGAGGUUCCUCUGGCCUCCCUGGAGCCCAUCAUCAAAGCCCAGCUGCUGGAGGAGUGGGCCAACAACGUCAAGAGGCAGAAGGUGGAGGUCUACCUGCCCAGGUUCAAGGUGGAACAAAAGAUUGAUCUGAGAGACACUCUGCAGCAGCUGGGCAUCAAGAGCAUCUUCACUAAAGAUGCCGAUCUGUCGGCCAUGACAGCCGAGAUGACAGAUGGACAGGAUCUGUUUAUCGGGAAGGCUGUGCAGAAGGCUUACUUGGAGGUGACCGAGGAAGGUGCCGAGGGGGCGGCAGGAUCAGGUGACAUUUAUUUCCAUUUCCAUUUUUUCAUACUAUAGGAAAACUUGAAAUCACAUCAUAUGUUUUGUUUUCUCACAGGAUCCAUCCUCUUCAUGGGCAGAGUUAUGAACCCUGAAGUCAUUGAGCCCUUUGACAACUACUUUGACAUGUGAAAACCCAGCAAUGUGACACUCAACCGAGUUCAUGCUUAUUUUCAACAUCAUUCACAGAAAGCAAACUCAUUACGUUGCCAUGGUUUUCUAUACACACAAGAAAAUAUUAUAUAAACAGGAUAUUUAUAUGAUAAAAGUGAUUGUGUUUUGAUACUCGUAAGCUUUAACAGCACCAGGAAGUACAGAGCUGUAAAUAUUUGAAGUCUACUCUAUUCACAUUCAGUCACGUCUUAUUCCACACCAGCAUCAUUCGUUCCUGUGUUUCUUAUCUUGUAUAUUUGCUAUUGUGUUCUGUAGAGAAAAACGUUGAUAUUUAUUGCAAGGAUGUGAGCACUUCUCUAUAUGUAGACUCACUUAAUGUCUUUUUCAUUUCUUUACACUCUUUUUUGGGUUUGUACAUGGCUGAAGUACUGCUGACAUACUAAUAUGCCUUAUUAUAUAAAUAUGAGUUUUUGAUUUAAUGAAAGGUUGCGAAUGUACAGGUAGUGGAGCGCUGUUGCCAUGGAGACUCAGGCGAACCGAGGGAGAGUGCAUUUGGUAAAAGAGAUUAAAAAAUACCAGCUGUA